CGUGUCGUGGCCUCGUCAACGACACGACCGUCGCCUUUCUUUUACAGUUCCACCCAGGAAGGCAAUCCUGCUUCGGACGAAACGGUGAAGGCGAAUUGUCAAUAAAGGCGUUCUUUUUCGUUCUCGGACAAGUUCCUUGGGCUCCGUCUCCCACGGCAAAGAUCCUUUCUUUUUCGGUGCUCAGAGGGUCGAUUCCGAUGGAUUUAGAAGAAGAAGCCAGUGAGAACCCAGUUAAAGGGGAGAAUGGUGACCAAGAAGAAAAUGCAAUUUCAGAGCCAUACGUGGGGAUGGAAUUUGAUUCUGAAGAAGCUGCCCGGAAAUUCUAUAUUGACUAUGCAAGACGGGUUGGAUUUGUGGUUCGUAUAAUGCAGCGUCGACGGUCAGGAAUUGAUGGCAGAACACUUGCCCGUCGGCUUGGGUGUAAUAAGCAGGGUUUCUCACCAAAUCAGAAAGGUUCUCAUGGACCAGACAAGAAGCCACGGCCCAGUGCACGAGAAGGUUGCAAGGCCACAAUUCUAGUGAAGAUGGAGAAGUCCGGAAAAUGGGUGGUUACAAGAUUUGUAAAGGAUCAUAAUCAUCCUUUGGUUGUAACUGCGAAUGGAUUCGGUACAAUGGGUGACAAGGAGAAGAAGAUCGAAGAACUUACUUUGGAAUUGGAACAUCAGGAGCAACUAUGCGUGGCUUACCGGGAACAAUUGCUUAGUUUUAUGAAUAAUGUUGACCAGCAAAAUGAAGAACUAUCUUCGAAAAUACAACCUAUUGUUGAGAAUCUAAGGAAAAUUGAAUCAGAAACGCAAAAGCAUUCUAUCUAUAGAUAAUCUAUCAUCCAUUUUGCAUUGUGAUGUACCAUAAGUGCAUGAAAUUUGUGAAUUAUUCAUGGUCAGCUCAAUUGAAGCUUCUUGUUUGCCACGA